GCCGCAUUUAAGACGUUUGCCCUAUCUUAGUUUCACCCUUUGCAUUGAAGCAACCCACUUGUGAUUGUGAUCGGCGUAUAUCUUGUGGGCGGGCUGUCUUUCACACCGUCUUCUUUUCUACACAUACCUCCACGACUUCAUCACUGCGAACCACCUCUCCUCCCUAUUUGAUUCUGUGGUCUAAAAGAAGGGGCCGAACUAUUGUUAUAUGCAUGGUCAACCCUAGAGGCUCAUCCACCAUGGCCCUGCGCACUUCUGCCGAUAAUGCCGAGGAUGUGGCCGCAGGCUUCACCAUGUUUCGCGAUCCUCUCCCCGAACAUUCCGCCGAAAUCACCGGUCUCAUUGCCGAUCUAUAUUCCAUUAGUUCAUCUCUGAAAAGGCUGGAGGACCUGACGAAAAACCGAUCCUCUCGCCACAACUAUGCCGCUGCCCAUCCCGACCUGGGGCUGGUUCGUACUAGCUUGAAGUAUACGCUAGAGGAUAUCGUCGACUUCUUUGGGGACCUAGAGGAGCGACCGGCUUCCAGUCGAGACACCUACAAGCGUACAUGGGUGCAUCUAUGUACUUACUUCCGGGAAGAAUCGCAAGACUCGUUGUCGACGCGUUUGGCCAAGUACAAGGCUUUCCUGAAUGAACUGGAAGAUUUUAUGAAAGACAACCAUCCGGAUAUGGCUCUUAUGUCCAACCUCCGCAACAACAUCAAAACGCUAUAUAUCCAACAGAGCAAUCGUCUGAUAUCUCAGCUGGGCUCUAUCUCGUUGAGCACGCCGUCCACUGUAAGCAGCAAUAGUGCCGAUCCGGGAAGCCCUGUCAGCGAUCGCAGACCUCGGAACCGACGGUCGUAUGAACGGCAGAGACCUUCUCGGUCAUCUCCACAAACGCCCCUCUCUCCGUCAUCAGGAACCUCCUCGGACAUUCCUCCAUCGGUUCCCGAUAUACCAGGCUCUCCACUCACAAGCACAGCCACAAGCAACUCCCUGAGUACUACUUUCCCUAGUGAGCAUUGGGCCCGAAGAGUGUUUCUGGAUGAGCACCCAAAGACUACUAUUCCAUACGUCGGCGAAAGUUCUAAAUGUCUUGGCGAUAUAAAACCUGGAGCUAGGCGGUGGCUACACGAGGAAGGAUUUGAGGAACUCGUCCAACUAGCUUUCAACGGUGAAUCUGAACUUUACGUCUACUUCUACCAGCGUGAAGAGGACCACCGAGCACGCAUCAUGUGCAAAACUCCGCGGACUUCGAGGUCCAGUGAAUAUUCUUGCCUUCCCUUGAAUAUGUUGGAAGUUUUUCGGGUCGGCUCUUGCUUACAGCUCUGCCGGCGCCGCCGCGGAAAGUAUGACCUUGAGUUGUGGGCCAACCUCAAGUUCAGCACCAUUGAACAUAUGGUGCUUUUCUUUUGCACAUUCCUGGCCCUUCGCUCGCAGGAUUGCCACAAAACCGUGGAACGCAUCCGGGACUACGAGUUAGAUGAGGAAGAGGAGUUAUUUGGAGGGCAAAUCGUCGACGAUGAUUUCCUCCAUGCCCUGCGCGUCUACCGGGACAACGCUUCUGGGGCCGUCAGACUUCAAGCGUCAGUACACAAGGGGGAAAUGAAACGAGCCCCGGUGUGGACUGCAUUUAUCACGCGCAACAUUCGCACUCGGGGAUGGAUUCGUCGGUUGGACAGCAAAGUUGUGGUGCUGCGUGAGCUUCACCCCACAAUUCUUACCAUCUCCGAUUACAAUGCUCCCCGAACAUCCAAGGGGGAGCACAUUCUAAAAUUCACGAAUAAAGCGGACGCCCAGGGAUUCAUAGAAACCAUGGCGGAGCUUGCACACCCAUAAAAAGCCGGCCUCGCAAAAAGACACGCCAGCAUUUGACAGUCAUAUGGGAUCUUAAUCAUUCCCAGUCUAAUCUCACCCUCGAUGAUCUCCACGCAUUAACACGAACAAAAGAAAAGAAAAGAAAAGGAAAGGAAAACAGGAAUAAUUUACGCUGCCGGUAUACAGGACUGCAUACUAACAUUGAAUAUAUUACGAUUAACGAGCCAUGACCACAUGAUAUGACGAAUUGACGUUGACGCCGAUGAUUAGGCGAUCUUGAAUUCUUUCUUUUUGCUCCUGUCUUUCUAUUGCUUGUUCUCAGGCACUCUCUGACUGGGUGGGUAGCGUUUGGAUUUCUACUAUUGUCGUUAUAUAUCUGGACAUUUAUAC